GACGAUGGAGCCGAUACUGGCGCAGCUCAGCGAAGACGCGCAGGACUUUUGGGCGCCGCGGAAGAUUGCGCGCAUUUCGCCGCCGACGCCGCUGGCCUUCUACCGCGAUUACGUCAGCAAGAACAUUCCGGUCAUCAUCGUCGGCGGCCUCGCGCACUGGCCCGCGCUGCGCAAGUGGUCGGACGCCUUCUUCGACGAGACCAUUGGUGACAAGACGGUGACCGUCGACGUCACGCCCUCGGGCUACGGCGACGCGGUGCUCCAGCUGGCGGACGGUACCAACGUCUUCGUGCAGCCCGAAGAACGCGACGUGACGUUUCGCGAGUUCCUCCGCAUGUACCACGACCCAGCGUUUGACGGCAUUCCGUACCUCUCGCACCAGAACGACAGUCUCCGCGAUCAGUUUCCCGAGCUCGUCGACGACGUGGACGACGCCAUCGACUUUGCGGCCGAGGCUUUUGGCAACGCCCCCGAAGCCGUCAACCUCUGGAUCGGCGACGAGCGCGCCGUCUCGACCAUGCACAAGGACCACUACGAGAACAUGUAUUGCGUUGUGCGGGGUCGAAAGCACUUUACCCUCCUCCCGCCACCGGCGGUAGCCUUCCUCCAUGAAACCGAGUACCCGACGACGCGCUACGUGCACGUGAGCAAGACCGCCGGCAUCGACCCGUCGGCGCUGCGACCGUCCGCACACCCCAUGUGGCGCAUUCACGUACCGGACUCGGCGGCGUCCGACAUGACACCGUGGAUUCCCGUCGACCCAGUGGCGAUUGACGCGACGGCCUUUCCCAACGCCAAGCACCUGGAGCCAGUGGAAGUGGUGCUCGAGGCGGGCGAAAUGCUCUACUUGCCGUCGCUCUGGUACCACCGCGCGACGCAGCUCUGCAACACCGUCUCGGUCAACUACUGGCACGACAUGGAGUUUGAUGCCAAGUACGUCUACUUUAACUUUGUCCACGGCGUCGCCAAGACGCUGCAAGCUCAACACACGCCACUCGAAUGAACGCAAAGGCGUCUUUUCUAUUACAAAAGUGAU